AUGGCCUUAGCACAGGCUGAGUUCGCAUUCAACUAUUCAGUGAAUAGGACUACAGGCUACAGCCCAUUUCAAAUUGCCUAUGGAUUGAACCCAAGCAGUGUUUUGGACUUAACCCCCAUCAGUUUUAGAGGACAAUCCAAAACAAAGGCUGAAGAUUUGACGACAGAUAUUCAAGCUAUUCAUCAAUUAGUAGAAGAAUGGAUUGAAGCUAGCAAUGCCAAGUAUAAAGAGGCUGCGAACAAGCAUAGAAAGAAGGUAACUUUUGAGUUCGAUGACUAUAUAUGGGCUGUUCUGACCAAGGACCGAUAUCCAGUGGAAGAUUACCACAAAUUGAGCCAACAUAAGAUGGGUCCUUUUUGUGAAGUCAAGUGUAGUGCUUCCAAGUCUUGGAAACUGAUGAGGAAAGGACAAAGUAUGAAGGAAGCAUCAGGAGCAUUAGCUAGCAAUCGAGUCAGCUCGAGCUCUGAAAGAGCCGGCUUGGAUAAUAGAUAG